AUCUAGCCCGCCUUUUCGCGACUGCGCGGGGUUGGUGAGACCCGGUGAGAGGACAGUGACUGACAAGUGCAUAGUGUCAAGCUUGCCAGGCCUGCGGACCGGCCGUGCCACAGUCGUAUGAGUUUACGGCUGGUAUCGACGUCAAGCGCGAGACGCAGGAAGCCAAGUCAUACUGCAUCAUCGCCUGCCUUGAUGCGACCUGCCGCCACAUGUGCCUCAAAGAUGAGUCCGAGAUGCCCAAGGACCUUGACGGCGCGCUCGUCAUCAAUGAGGCUGAUCUCGACAAUCGCACCGUUGCAAUCAAGAUGGAGGGCACGGAUGAGUCUCAAGCCGGCGGACAGCGUCGUUGCAUCCAUUGGGUGUGUGUCUUGCGCAACUGCUACUAUGCAGAGUGCCAGGCGCAAGGCCAGACUGAAGAAGUCGCCCACCUCGCUACCCUUGAAGUGAUGGCCCAGGAUGGAGAUGUCCAGGCUUCACCAGAGGGCUGCCGCCAGUUUUGCAACGACUCCGAUCAGGGCAUGUGCAUCACGCUGUGCGCCCCCAGCGGUAUCGAGAAGAGCUCUGCCGGGCCGACUCCACCGCCUCAACCACGAAAUACAUGCGAAAUGAUUUGCAUGGACAAGAUGUGCUUCCUUGUUUGCUUACCUCCCCAUGCCUCCGCCAACAUCGAGAGGCGCUCUUCACAUUCUGCCUCCGCCAACAUCGAGAAGCGCUCUCCCCUCCUUUAUUGCAUACUACGUUGCGUGGCGGACAUGUGCUGGGUUCUCUGCUCUCCCCACUCUGCCUCCGUCAACGUUGAGAAGCGCUCUCAUUAUUCUGUCUCAGCCAAUGUCGAGAAGCGCUCUCCUAUCGGUUGCAUACGGCGUUGCGUGGCGGACAUGUGCUGGCUUCUUUGCUCUCCCCAUUCCGCCUCCGCCAAACGCGAGGUCGAGGAUGAUGUCGCAAACAACUAGCUCUAUCACAGUAAGUUAUCUUCAUUCUCAUUUUGAGCACCUACUA